AAAUCCAAGAACUAACUUUCCCAACGCGAUGUAAUAACAUCCCGAAACAAAUACGACGUGCAAACCCAAAAAUACGUGCAAAAAACUUGUUAUGAUUUCAUCCAAAACACUUGUUACAACACAUCUAACGAUUAUCUACGCAGACGAUAACUAAGCGCGAAAUCGUAAAGUAAUUCGGCAAAAAUCUUUCAUCAGACAAGAGAGUCGCCUAUUUAAGCGCGGACGUCGAACUACCCAAUCAUUCCCUGAUAGAGUUCCAAAGGUGUAGUGUCAAAGAGUGCAAAAAUGGCCAAGAUAUCUUCAGUCCUCAACUCCGGCUUCUUCUUCACCUCUCCGGUGAAGCUGCCCACAAGCGAACCGGAAGAACGCCUCAUCACCAUGGAAGAGGUCUCCUGGCACGAUAACGCCAAUGAUUGUUGGAUUAUUAUCUACGAUCGCGUGUACGACAUCACCGACUUCCUGGACGAGCACCCUGGAGGCGGCGAUAUUUUACUGGAAUACGCUGGACGGGAUGCAAGUGUGGCUUUCCGGGGCUCCGGUCACAGCAAGCAAGCCCUAAGGGCCCUCAGUCGCUUCGAAAUCGGGGAACUCCCCACACAUGAAAGGAUUUUCAGGAAGCCGGGAGGUUUCAAAAUUAGUGACAUUCCCGAAUAGUAGUGUUAAGGCCCUCAUCAGUUCGUCCAUUCGUUACUACUUGGAAACACAAUAUCACGUUUUGUUGCCAAGUUCAGCAAGUCAAAUGUCAGUGGCGCGAUAGCUAGUUAUGUAAUUUUGUACACUUAUUUAUUAUUUUUAUUUAAUUUGUAGUUAUAGGCUUUGUAGCUUUAGUCUUCGUCAGUAUUGAUUUUCUUUUUAAGUAUUUUUAUUACUAUUGUUAUUGGACACCUACCUCUGUAAAAUAUUCAGUAUUUUAUACGAAAAUAUAUUCCAUUUAUUAAAUUAA